AUGAACAUGCUGGCAGAUGCGUUUUACAAAUUAUUCAGCGCAUCACCUGAUGAAGCUAGGAAGGAAAUUGGACAAGCCUAUUUUGACUGUCUGAGCCUUGGAGGUAGGUUUUCAAGUGACUCUACUGCUUUGAUCGGUGGUCUUAUUGCUAGCCCACUGCAUCUGGUUAUCCACUUCCUUGUUGCUGUUACUCAUGGAGUUGGUCAUCUACUGUUGCCAAUUCCAUCAGUCCGGGGAUUACGUGGUAGUGCGAGACUGAUUUCUGCUGCUGCAGGUAUCGUUCUCCCCCUCAUGAAAGCAGAAGGGGUUAGGCAAACGUUCUUCCCAGCUACUUUUCCUGCAUAUUAUAGAGAUCCUCCUGCCCAACUGAAACAAUAAGAACAUGGGGAGGGCCAGGACGGGGCCAUGCUCAGUGUCUACCUUCUUCCCCUUAUUUCUGCAUAUUUGCCAUGGUCCAUGGUUUAUUCGUGGGAAUGUAUGUGAUGUAUAUUGGGACUAUGUGUGUGUGUAUGUAUGUAUGCUGAGAUCUCUGUAUACAAUCGUGUGUUGUGAAUACAAAACAUGUUUCCACACCUUAUAAAACAUAUGCUGUGAUGAUGUGAAUUAAGCUCCCAAA